AUGAAUUCUCAAGAAUGUACACAACGAUCCAAACAAUUAUUAAAACAACGCGCCAAAUUAACUCGCUUGAAAACGACGGAGGGUAACAGGAGUGCCUCUCACAAGUGUGAAGAGUGUGGGAAAGUUCUUUCCACGUCGUAUAAUCUGCUAAUUCAUCACAACAUUCACGCUGGCGUGCGACCCUACACUUGUUCUAUUUGCAACAAGAGUUUUCGAUCAGCGUCCGGUCUGAAUAGGCACGUGCGCGACGUCCACGACGGCAUCAAAAAUUUCGCCUGCGAUAUUUGCGGCCGUCAUCUUGCCUCAAGAGCAUCGAGGGACGAGCAUAGGCGCACUCACUCUGGUGAGAGACCUCAUAUAUGUGAAACCUGCGGCAAAUCCUUUAAGCAGAAGGCGUCUCUACACGUCCAUCGACUCUACCAUUCCCAAGCCCUACCAUAUCGUUGUGUUCUAUGCGACCGCGGUUUUAGAAGGAAACAGGAAUUGGACAAGCACGCAAUCUGGCACUCUGGUCAAAAGCCGUAUGUCUGCGAUAUUUGUGACGAGCGUUUUCGCAGCAAAGGUUGCAUCACCCGUCAUCGACGCACUCAUAUCAAUCAGCAAUUGCAUAUUUGCGCAAUCUGUGGAGCCAAGUUCACUCAGGAACGAUAUCUGAAGAGACACUGUGGCAGUUUACACACGACUGUACGCACAUAA